UUUCUAUUUUCUCGCGCCUUUUCUCUCCAACACCAAACCCAGAAAGAAAUUAAUGGCUACUACUGCAAAUUCCAGUCGGAGCUCCGUUUUCAUUCUCCGGAUUAUCCUGCUAAAUUUGUCUCUUCUUUGCUCAGUUGUCUCUGCACAUGAACGCUCGUUAGUUGUUGGUGAGUCUAGUAAACUGCAUUUAUCUCCUAGUUUUCAAGUGGUUAAGUCGCCAGGUACUAAGCCCGGCUCGUCGGUGCUUUGUGAAAGAGUUCAUAUCCAUGGAUUAUCUAGGCUCAAAAACUUAAGAAAGUUCUCCCAUACACUAAAGGUGACUCUUUCACAUUCAAGUUCGAGCCUUCGCGGGCCAAAUCUUGAGGUUUGUUUCCAUAGGAAUGCUUCCCUUGCAAUCGGGAUGUGCCCACAAGGACAGUGGGAGAAGGUCGACAAAGGUCCAUGGACUCGAGCUAUGUCACCUUUUGACCACAAGAUAGUAGAUAUAAGGAUGGCUGGUUCAUCAUUGGAAAACCUUGAAUUGUCAAUUGAAGAAGUCUUCUACUUAUAUCGCGUGAUUUUCUUAAUCCUGGGUGUCAUUUUGUUGAGUGUGGCAUCCACUUUGAGCAAGUCCUUAGCUUUUUACUACAGCAGUGCCAUGGCAAUUGGGAUCAUCCUUGUAACACUUGUGGUCCUUUUUCAGGGGAUGAAGCUUUUGCCAACUGGUCGGAAAAAUUCACUGGCAGUUUUUAUAUACUCAUCUCUUGUUGGCCUGGGUUCCUUUCUUCUUCGCUAUGUGCCUGGAUUACUGCGUUCAUUACUCGUAGAGAUUGGAAUCGAUGAAGACAUGUAUUAUCCUUUGGCCAUUUUUCUGCUGGCUUUUGUUGUUCUUGCUGGAGCAUGGAUGGGUUUCUGGGCUGUUCGUAAACUUGUCCUGACAGAAGAAGGAUUGGUUGAUAUAAAUACAUCCAUUUUUGUUGCCUGGUCCAUUCGGAUUUUAGCUGUUAUUAUGAUUCUUCAGAGUUCUUUGGAUCCGCCGCUGGCAGCUGAAGCGUUGAUAUCUGGAGUAGUGGCUUCAUCAAUGUUAAGGAGAAUUUUCAGAUUAAGAUUUUUGCGUAAACUAUGCAAGAAGCUGUUCAGACUCGGUAAAAACAUCCAGAUGGGAUCUCCCAUUUUUCCUGAUUUAUCACCAUUUGGAAAUUCUCACGAUGAAUCUGUACCGAAGACACCUAAGGACCGGUUUCUGCCCAAGCGAUUCAACCUUGAGUCUUGCAGUUCUCCUAUGCAAGGUCUAAACAGGACAGGGAUUCGUCAGCUGUCAGAUUCAGAUGCUUACCCUUCAACCUUCCAUGCGACACCAGAAAGGAGAAAAUUUUCAAAGGAGACAUGGGAUAAGUUUACCAGAGACUCCACUCAAAAAGCUGUCAAAGAUCUUGUUUCGUCCCCUGAUUUUAGCAGAUGGGCUGCUGCAAAUGCAGAAAGAAUCACUGUAACUCCAAAAUCCAGCCGCAGUUCUAGUCAGCCUCGUCGCAAGUGGCUCCUUUGGUUUUAAUGAAGAACUGUGAGCUUUACUAACUUUGUAGCCCAUUUUGAGGUGUAAGAUGUUUCUAGCACAUGUAGUAGGAAUUAGAUUGAUUAUUGUGAAUUGUACAUUUAGAUCCUUAAGAUAUAUUAUAACGGUGUAUGUGAAUGCUAGGUGAUUUUAGAUCAUAAAUUGACAUCACUAGGAUCCCAGUUCCAUUUUUGUUCAUCUUUUUUCUACAUUUAGCCGAGUGGGAUUGUUAGAACUAUUGAUUUCGAGUCAGUUCUGUGCUUUGAGAUCGAUCUGUCUCGGUUUAUUUAUGACAUAAACGACUGGGUGCA